GCGCGUGGCAAGUCGUGUGCGCGGCCGCGUCGUCGUCGGCGACCGUUUUUGUUCACUGCAGACUUAGCCCGCAACCACCCGCAAUACAUACAGCACGUACCUUGAACGCUGCAGACUCGUGCGGUUCGAAGAGGCUUUUGUCAGGAGAGGCUGUGGCUUAGCCCCCAAAGCGUCACCGCGCGCCGUCGCCGCGACCAGCGAUGACGUCCGCCGCGACCCGCAUCCUCCGGGCGCGCGGCCACUUCGAGGUCCUCGGCCUGCCGCGGGAGCAGUGCACGUCCGCGGCCGUGCGCGCGCAGUUCACGAAGCUCGUCAAGGAGGUGCAUCCCGACAAGUGCAGCCACCCGGACGCCGCCGCGGCCUUUCGCCGCUUGCAGGCCGCGAACGACGCGUUGAAGGCGACGGGCUCGCGGACGCGCCACCUGCUGCGCGAGCAGCGGCGGCCGCCGGACCGGCCGAGCGCCGUCGCGCCCCUGCUGGAGACGAUCGGCUCGACGCGCGUCCUCGCCGCGGCGGCGGGCUGUUUGGUGCUGGCGGAGGUCUGCCGCAUCGCCUUCGGGGAGGACGCCGUCGCCGUCGAGCCCGUGCGUCACCUCGUGCCGCCGGAGCGCGAGCCGACGCGGGCGCCCCUCGCGCCCGCGUUCUCGUCGACGGCGGGGCUGCCCUACGAGGGCCACUCGAAGGAGGUCAUCGGCGCCAAGGUCGCCGCCGGGCUGGAGAAGGCGGCGGCGCGACGGCGCGAGCGGGUCGCGGAGCCGCCCGUGGCCACGCGGUCGGACCUGCGGCGGCCGGCGCCGAUGGCCCGGAACAAGCGUCCGAGCCAAUCUGUUAAAUAAAGUUGUGUUUUU